AUGGCUAAUGGCCUGACGGCGCAGUCCCUCACCUACACCGGACAGUUCAACUGGCCUUUUCUGGUAGAGAUCCUCAUCGUAGCCGUCCUCGCCAUCUUCUUCCUCUUCUACUUCAAUCGACUCUUCGCGACCGUCGUCUCGUUCGCCAUCCGCGCGUACACAUGGAACCAAUACAAGGCGUACAUCGAUAUCGAAGCUCUCCAAUUCAGUAUCCUGGGCGGAAGAGUCUUUUUCAAAAGCAUUCGAUAUCACGCACACAAUGUCACCCUCUACGUUUAUGAGGGGCAUGUCACUUGGCGAUACUGGUUGCGGUUGGUGCAACAGGCGGAAGUGUUCCAAGAUGAGCAACCGUCCGGCAGUGGCGAGGCUCGAUCCUCAAGUACCUCCACGAUCGAAAAGCCGGCCCAUAAUGAACAAGACGCAAAAGCUCGCGACCGCAGUAGAAGCGUGGGCAAGGAAGAGCAAGCCAACGGAAAACCAAAGAAAGAGCUGCCGUGUCGAAUAUCGGUCAACGUUGCCGGUGUAGAAGCGUUCAUCUACAACAGAAGUCCAGUAUAUGACGCGGUCGUUGAAGCAACAAUGGGCAAGGCCAAAGACGCAUCUGGCGAAGUGGACGCCAAGAACGAGACGGCUAAGUCGCCCACAACUAGCUCCGCGGGCAGUAAUGGCUUUGGAAGUCCUAAAACGCGCGCUCGGACAGAUAGAUCACAGACGUUUGAAACAGCAACGAGUGCUGUACCUGUCGAGAAGCCAAGGUUGCCGGCGUUCUUGCGUAUUUUUCCCAUUAAAAUCGAUUGUAAACGAGCUGCGGCAGCCUUGGGAAAUGAAAAUACAAAGAAUGUCAUCGUCGCCAAAGCCGAGAGGUCUGCUGGAACUGUCGACGCCGGACAAGCGGGCCCACUGGACCUAUGGAAAUUACUGUUCAACUUCGAGAUUCAAGAGGUCAAUGUAUCAAUGAAGCCAAACAGAGAUUUUAAAGAUGAACAAUUGGACGCUGCGCGUCGAAUCAUACGUGAGAGGGAGCAGGAAGAGCCCAAGCCGGAUAAGCCAUUUCGCGAAUCCAGGGCAAAGGCGCAAAGCGGGUGGUCAAGGCUCUGCAGCUUAUUCAAACGAUCUAAAAGCUAUGCUGGGUCUCUUCGCACGGCCUCUCUGAACGAUGCGAGAUCGUCACGCAGCAAAUCCAUACACGCAAAUCCGCCGCUUGAUCAACUACCUGGGCAAGGCCAGUGGCAUGGGCUGAUGCGGUACCUCGACGAUGCAGAAGUCAACGAACACGAGGAGUGGCAGCAGAUCGAAUAUGCAAAAGCUUCAGAACUCGUCAAUUGUCCCAAGAUUACCAUGAACUUUCAUUGGGAUAUGCCUGGUCCGUUCACCGACAGCAGCGCUGACGUCGAUACACUCUUGGGCUCCACCUUCCAAGAUGAUGUCAACGGAUCAGAACCGCCAGACUACGGAAUGGAUUUGGGCAUUUAUGGAGGCUUCGUGGUGUAUGGACCCUGGGCAGACAGACAACGUCUCAACCUGCAGCCUAUAUUUGUUCCAGCAACUUACGUCGAUGCAACGCCUCUUGAACCGCUCAAAUCCGGUGAUGCCCGCGUUGCUACAAUUUUCAAAAUCAAGGUCACCGUGGAGGAGGAUGUUGUAAUGCGCCUGCCGACGCGUGAAGAAUCAAAGGAUGCGAAAUGGAAAGGCCGUGCCGAUAAAUCGCAUCCUAUCAAUGGCCAAGGCAAUGAGCCCGCCAAUGCAAAAGGCAAAAGUAAAAAGAGAUCUAAAGGCACGCGCCGAAAAGAUAAGCAAGGUCUGACCGCAGUCGACGCUCGCCCUUUCGGCUGGAUCGACAUCACCGUCAAGAAGGAUUCUGUUGUCAAUUACAACAUGGACAUGUAUGCGCGCACGACUGGAUACAGAAACACCUUAGAUGUCGACGCUAAGGGCGUGGAGAUGACCAGCAGCGUCAAUCACGGCCUGCUCUGGAAGUCCGGCGCCGUUACGGUAGACGCCGACUUGUCCCAACCGCUGACGUGGAACACCUUGCGGAAGUGGCCCUUCAACGUCGUGGUCAAUGACAUGGAGCUCUUCAUAUUGCGAGACCACCUCUUUCUUAUUAUCGAUCUCGUGAAUGACUGGGCAUCUGGAGCACCCGCGGAGUACUAUACCUUUGUGCCUUACAACUACCAGCUGGACUUGUCUUUCAGGAACUUCGUGAUGUAUCUCAAUGUCAAUGAUGCGAACAUAAUCAACGAUCCGGCGGAUUUUGAACGCAAUGAUUUUCUCACAAUAGAGGGACAGCUCCACGCUCUUCUUGGAAUUCCAAUGGAGCACUAUCGGCCAAAACGCAAUCAGAUAUCGUUCGAUGUUCUGGCCCAGGAUCUGAAAAUGAGGAUGAUAAGCCCACCUAAGAGCACAUUUCACACCUUCGUCGAGGACAAGACAAUGGCAGAGCUGCCUAAAUUGACACUCAACGGAUCGUUUAAUGGAAAUCAAGAAAUUCGGGUCGGAAAUGUUGACGUGCUACGAAUGGACAUUGUCGGCACUGGUCUCACGCUCAAAGCCUUUGGGUUCUAUGUGCGACAACUCGUCAACAUCAAAGAGAACUACUUCGGUGACUAUAUGCACUUCAAGACGUUGGAGGAAUUUCAAGGCGCAAGCGACGACUUAGAAGAGGCCAACGCAAAGACAGCAAGCUUCCCUAAGCCAACAUCUAUCAACGAGAUGGACGUGAUUCUUUGCAUCGUCGCCGAAGAAGCAACUGUUCUCUUUCCAACCAACAUAUACUCAUGCAAAGAAUUUGUGCGCGCUGAGCUGCCGCGUGCUGAUCUUGAUCUGCGGAUUGUCAGCUAUUACCUCGAUAUGGGCUUGCAGCUUUCUCCGCUGAGCUUCCUCAACGGAAAGACCGCAUCUGCAGAUGAUGAAUCCUCUGUGGAUUCCGAGUCGAGCACGCAAUUUUACGUUCAGCACGUGGACCUGAAUGGUCACCGUUCUUUUGGAUUACCACCCAACGAAGACGCGUAUGUCAGUCAGUGGGAUAUUGAUGUGGGCAAGAUCACAGGCGAGCUUUCCAGUCAGUUCUUGCGCGAUCUUGUCCUCGCAGCGCAAGCUUUGACUUUCAGCAUCAGUGAUGCUGAAAAUGCACUUCCGGUCACGUCGCCCGCCGUCGUCCUCGACGCCAGCUUCGUGCAAGUGCGUACGGACAUCGUGCGGUUGUGGCUUCACGUCGGCAAUGAUGCUCUGCUUCUCGACGUCUCACCCGUCAAGGUAGACGUAAGUGACUGGGCGAGCGCGUUGUUCUCGCAGCGCGUCAGCAUCCAAGCACCUCUUGUCACGCUUGCUUGCGUGGACGGCAUGAGUGCUUCAAGGCACCGUCUGCGAACAAACCGCAAGAAGCAUGUGCGAACCUACGCCUUUCUACAGACUGGCGUCUCCCUGGACGUUGUCGGCAGGAGGAUGCAUUUCGACAUCGAGACUGAGAAGCAACAAAGACAUUUUCGAUUGCAUGACCAACGUACGAGCCGUUUUCCUUUCCUGAUCAGACCGGACAUCGAUGCUCCCAUAGAUCCGGAUGACGAUGUCGACUUCGCACCUCCGGCGAUACCGUACCCAUUUCCCCCACCACCGCUGACCACAGCCGUUGGGAGAGAACGGAGAGAGUCCGCUAAGUCUGUACCAAGCCUGAGCAAAGGUGGAAAAUUUCUUUCGAAAUCCUCGUCGUCUUCUCUGUCUGCAUCUGUUCGGAGCAUUCGCCAGUCCGUGUCCUCAAAGCGGCCGGUCAUAUCCGGUCGCGCGUCGCAACGAAGUCGCACGCCAACUUCUUACCACAGCGCUGUAAAAAGCAGUCGAUCUUCCUCGCCAGAUUCAAAAGCCCCUGCAGAUCCAACAGAGCUCGUUGGUGAGACGGAAAGAGCUAAGUUUGGUCUUCCGUCUUCGACAAUGGCUUUCUCCAGCUCUUACUCGGAGCCUUAUUUCCCGCUUGAGAUGGUACGCCCUGACGAAUCUGAUGUGCCCUCUUUUACGCCUGUUAUGGACGACGACGACUUGAGCUCUGAUUCAUCCUCAUCUGUUUCUGCAGUCAUUGACGACCCAGACGUCGAUCAUCAAGCAGAGCAUCAGACCGUCUUGAUCAGGGUUUUACCGGGCAUACGAGUUUAUCUCGAACCACGUGCCGCCAUGACGGCUGCAGAACUGAUGCGAAAAGCUUCACCCACAAGCCCCGAAGAGGUCAUGGACUCAUAUCAAAUGAGUGUCAUGGGGGCUGUAGAGUCUCGGAACGCAGAGCGGCAAGCCAACAACAAAAUCAUCGAGAUCCAGGCUCGUCUGCCUAUAGCAAGCUUGCGUGUAGCUCUCCGCGACAAGUCCGAUACCCGGAUCACGGACCAAGUUGAUCUUACAUUGAAAGCUCUGGAAAGCCUUGUCAGAGUCCGAACACAGCCUUCAGGUGCGGGUGUGGCGCAGUUUCUCGCCUCGCAUACUCUCCUGUCCGAAGUCAAUUUAUCUCUGGCUCAGAAGCAGGGCAUGGAUCUGGCAAGCCCAGCAGUCCGUCUCAAUGUCAACGAGGUUCUGGUAUGGCUAGCCUUGACAACAUCGAACGCUGUGCAUGCGUCGCUGCGCGACACCUCUAUUGCUGUAUCUGGCAACGAAGCAAAAUAUCUUACGGAGCUUGCCCUCAGGCUUGUGCCCCUGAUCAAUACCUUGAAGACACAAUUUGAGGAGGUGCUUGCCAAUAAGACUAAGCGCCUGCAGCUAUUGACUUACGUCUUGACACACAAUGGCGGGAAUGUAGGCGAUCCGCCUUUCAUGGCCCGCAUGUUAUACAUCCUCCGAGCGUACCCUCGUCAUUUUCGCAAUACGGACUCUUGGAAGAUUCUUUCUAGAUUCCGCUACAUCUUGCGAAAUCUGCCGUCUGAUGGCAUGGCUGAGCUCAGCUCGAAGUGCAAGGACGCCCAAUUGCAUUGUCCCGAUGAUGCCCCAGCCAAAGUCCUUGAAAGCUGGACCCAAUGGAGAGCGUGGGACGUUAUUCAUGUCAACCAGACCAUGGCAUUUGAGGUGCUAUUCAGCAAUGAAGAGCUUGCCAAGUUGGAGUCCUCUGACGCCAAACCUACCACUGUCACUCUCCGGUCAGAGCUGCUUCGAAUAACGAUCGAGUGCGAGAAGGGCAACAGUGAUAUCACACUAGAAGACACCUCUUUUGGACUAGAAAAUACUCCUCCGACUAAGCCUGAAGGCUUGAUGCUGGUGGAAGAGAACAAGAGGACGAACACUUUGUUGCAGAUGCAUACCAAUACCAUCACGUUCAAUCUGUCCUGGGCGUUGUUUCGCGUCGCAGAAGAUGCAGUCUCUUUCAAAGAAGAGAUAGAAGAACUGAGUUCGUCAUUGCAGAGUCAAGGAUCACGAACAGCUGGGCAGGCACUGGAAGACGGUCUGGCACGUCACGACUUUCACCUUGUGCUCUCCACUGAUACUGGGAGCGUUAUUCUGCAGAGCAUCAAUCUUCGCUAUCUUUCCCGAGCGGAUGGUCUAAAGAUGUCAGUCGUCGGCACCACGCAAGCUAGUGAGCAAUUCGGCCAAUGUGCCAGCGCCAUUCUCAACUUCGAUACGGCAAUCACCGAGCUUCAUGGUCCUUCCGCCCGCAUCUGGCAAAGUAUCCUCAAAUCACCCAGUCUUUAUGUCGAUCAUUUACAGCCAGCUCAAGGCUACGAUAGACCUCCGACAAUAACUUUGGCGACCGCGUACGACAGUCUUGAAAUCGUCGUUGAUGAGCAAGUGCCUGGAAUUUUGCGCACGGUUGAUACUGUAAUCAUGGAUGAAGUGGCCCAGGUGAAGAAGCUUAUUGACCUUGCACAGCCAAGGCAACCGGAUGGUCCCACGAGUCCUGUUACGACGACGACGACCCCCUCGCGGGCUAGCACUGGUGUAGGGGCUCCCAAGCUGCAUGUAGCUGUCCUGGCGGGCAGCCUGGAUAUCGAGAUCUCCCUUCUUUCCACUCUGAGUUAUCAGAUCGAAGGCACAGCUGCUAGCGUCAGAGUAGCGCCAAGCCUGUUGCAAGACAAGACGUUCAGCAUCGAUUUCGACGUCGGCUACAUCAAUCAUGCUUUCGUCAACACCUCACGAGCAGAGCGGCACACCCAAGGCCUUCUACAUGUCCCUCCAAUCAAUGGGCAUGUUGGACUGAAAUUUAGCAAGCAAGAGACGUCCGUGUCUGUUGCAACCACGAUCGAUCGGGUCGAGAUUGAUGCUGGUGCAAUCCAGGGGGUCAUUGCCGUGGUCAACAGGCCCGAAGUUCAGAACGUCGUUGCUGCCAUCAAAUCUGGAGUGGAGGAUAUCAGAGAGCACGUCAUUGGGGUAUUUCCGGAGGAGCACAAGUCCAACGCAAAAACAACCAAGCCGAACAAUCACAUUGCAUUUGACGCUCGCUUAGCGCUGCUUGGCGUCAGAGUCUCGGCCAGCACGCCACAAGUGCCUGGCCACUCUACUGCAGAAGUUGAAUUUGGCAUAGGACCUGUGCAUGCAACGGCUUCAAAUAGAUCAACCCCCGAAGAGAUCAUCCCAGAAGUUCGUGCUCAGGUCCAGGAUAUUGGCGCGAACUUGAACAUUAAGGAGCGCGGAAAGUUGCGACGGUGUGGUAAUGCCAUGUUGAGUAUCAAAAUGCACCUCUCGAGUAGUCAGGGCAACAGCGGGACAGUCACACGAGAGUUCAAGGUGCGUAGCGAUGGCCUGGAGAUCAACGCAUACCCAGAGACUGCACCGACCAUUGUCGAUGUUAUCAAUCAUCUGCAAGACCGUAUCAAAGAUCUAGACCUCUCUAAGGAGGUUGAAUACCUCCGCCGACUACGGGAUGAGCGACGACAUACGGUGAUACAAAGAAUCAGUGGCAGGGAAGACUGGACUGAGGACGGUGAACUCCCUUUCUCACCAGAGGAUCUGCUUUCCAUGAAGACGACCAUCGAGCUACACGAUAUCCAAGUUUGCUGGCUUGUGGGACCAACGUUCGCCGCACAUCAAGGUGCGCAGGUCGACGACUUGAUAUUCAGCAUUCAAAGCAUUGCCCUCACCACCAGCGAGGGCAAUGAAGUCAGGCUCACAAUUACCGACUUGCAACUGCAACUUGCCAAGAAGAAAGACAGCAAGCUGAAGCGCGCACUCAAUUCUGCGCUCAUGCCGUACAUAGGCUUUAGUGUGGGCUACUGGUCGCACGGCAAGAACCGUAGCCUGACGUUCAAGGCCUCAGGUAAGCCCUUGGACCUUCGCCUUGAAUCACGAUUCAUUUUACCAGCCAAUGCUGUUCAAAAGUCGGUCGAAUUGGCGAUACAGAAAGCGAAGAGAAACGCCGCGACAUGGCAGAACACACCAACAGUGACUGGAGCUCCCAGGUCCACUGCAAAGGUAUUGGACACCAAGCACCUUGAAUCACUGCUAAUAGAAGCCGACUUUGCGGGUGCCAAGGUCUACAUGCAAGGAUCAGGACCAUCAGAACAAAAUCUCUCAACUCUGGCCGCGGCUUCGCAGCAGCACGGUUCGAAGCACGGCCGUUAUGGACAAUUUGCCUCCGACGGUGCCCUUCUGCACACGACUCUGACUGCCCCGGGCUUCUCAUUCAAGCUUGAGUACAAUUCCCAUAAGCAACAGCCCACCGUCAACGGCGAGCUGUUGAUUGAAGCAUCCACGAACAUGCUGUUGCCAAAUGUCGUGCCAUUGAUGAUGGAGGUGUCCGACAGCGUCAAAGAGCUUGUGCAGAACCAAAAGCAAGAUGAUGCGCCUAUCAAGCCUAUGCCUGUUCCAGAGGCUGCCAAAUCGACCCAGCGAUUCUUUGAAGAGGAGUCCAUCGUUACCGCUACCCCUGCCAAGAUUUUCGGUAAAAUUACAGUCGACCUCGGGUUUCGCAUCGCCAAGCAGGAGUUUGGCUUAACCUGUCAGCCCAUAGCGAGGGUUGAUGCAAAGGCCUCCCUGGAAGACUUCUACAUUACCAUGAACACCAUUGACUCAGACGAGCACGGGCACUUCUUCGCGAUGUCUGCAGUCAUGACAAAGCUGCAAGCGCAAGUCAAACACAUGUAUUCUCGGGAGCCAACUUUUAGCUACGACAUGGAAUCCGUCGUACUGUCCGCAAUGAACAACAAGCACUUGAACGGUACACCUGGGAUCUCGGCCAUCUUGAACGUCAACCCAACCCGUAUUGUCGUGAAUGGAAAGCAAUUUCAAGACCUACUGCUUUUCCGCGAGAUCUGGCUACCGCCUGAAGUCCGCAAUGCUGCUGCAACAAGUGCGCAAGCACCCAGUGCAGCUUCGCCAUCCAGCAGGCCGGAUGAGUAUAUUGUGCAGAGGUACCAGACCGUUGCUGCGGCGGCCGCUUUUCCUUGGAAUGCAACCGUCUCCAUUGCAAAGCUUAGCCUUGAUGUCGAUCUUGGUCAGAGUAUUGGCAAGUCUAGCUUCACCAUUACAAACUUGUGGGCAUCUCAACAGAAGUCCUCAAGUUGGGAGCAAAACUUGUGCGUGGGUAUGGAUGAAAUGGCAAUGAGCAGUACAGGGAGGAUGAGCGGGUUCAUUCAGCUCGAGAAGCUUGGCGUGCGAACGUCGAUCAAGUGGCCCGAAGGCACCACCGAGGCCACCAUGCGUGAAACGCCUCUCAUCCAAGCGUCCAUUGGUUUUGGUAAGCUGAGAGCGAAGGCAGCAUUUGACUAUCAGGCUUUUGCGUUUGGGGACAUUGAAGGAUUCGACUUCCUCAUGUACAAUGUACGCGAUGCUGCCGGCAAGUCAGAUCGGCUUGUUGCAGUGCUCGACUGUGAGAAGGCUUUCGUGUUCUGCACGUCCACCAGUCCAGCACAGGCGGUUGGCCUAUAUCAAGCCUUCGACAGGCUGAUUCAGGAAAAACAGUCUGCUUUUGCGCAGUCCCUGAGAGACAUCGAAAAGCACCUGCGCAGAGAGAGCACGGUCGUGUCUACAAGAUAUGGACCGCAGAUUGCGGACUCUUCGAUCGUUGCGAAGGAUUCAAAGACCCACAUCUCACUGCACACAGACGUGGUGGUGACAAUGGGCGCUAUAUGCUUCGGCGUCUACCCGAGCACCUUCUUUGAUAGCCAGAUGUUGAAGCUCGAGGCCAACAAUAUCCAAGCUCGAUUCGCCGUGGGGCUUGAGGGAGGGAAGAUCACAAGCGGGCUUGGCAUGACCCUGGGCCAGCUGCAAGUCGCCCUCUCUUCUGUCAGAAGGAUCACGGCUGUGCCCAAAGCAUCGGAAGUUACCGUGGACGAUGUUAUCAACAGCGCCCUGAACGCCAGAGGUGGAAUCAUCCUCCGUGUCCCGAAAGUUGUUGCCUCCAUGCAGACAUGGCAGGCGCCCGAUUCCAACGGCGUCGACUACAUCUUCAAAAGCUUAUUCGAUGGCAAAAUCGAUGUUGGCUGGAAUCUAUCCCGCAUCAAUUUUAUCAAAGGCAUGUGGAAUUCACAUUCACGAGCUCUAGCUUCUCGUCUUGGCAAGUCCCUGCCGGAAUCUGCAGUCAAGAUUACUGCCGGUCCUCAGAAGAGCGACGAAUCCACAGAGGGCAGCCAGGACGGCUCGCAAACGCAGGACAAGAUUACUGCGGAAAUCAGUCUUCCACAGUCGCGGUAUGAGUAUCGUGCUUUGGAGCCGCCAGUCAUCGAGACGCCACAGCUGAGAGACAUGGGAGAGGCAACGCCGCCACUGGAGUGGAUAGGGCUGAACAGGGACCGGCUGCCGAAUGUGACUCACCAGAUCAUCAUUGUCAGUUUGUUGGAGAUGUGUAAGGAGGUCGAGGAUGCGUAUGAGAAGAUACUGGGGUCCUCGUGA